AAGGAAAAAACAACUUGAUGGAGAAGUAAGGUCGAAGAACAAAAGCCCCCACCAUCAAAAUCCAGUUCUUCCAUUCUCCGGCAAUCCAGCCUCUUUCACGACCUUCUUUGAACAUCGCUUUGGUUUCUUUGGAGUCUCCUCUCGCGCAAUGGAUCUUAACAUGGAUCUCAAUGCUCCUCACUCCAUGGGUACCACCAUCAUUGGCGUCACUUACGACGGCGGCGUCGUCCUCGGCGCCGAUUCUCGUACCAGCACUGGUGUCUAUGUGGCUAAUCGUGCAUCAGACAAGAUUACAAAGCUCACUGACAACGUCUAUGUUUGUCGGUCUGGCUCGGCUGCAGAUUCACAAAUUGUCUCUGAUUAUGUGCGUCACUUCCUUCAUCAGCAUACGAUACAGCUUGGCCAGCCUGCUACUGUUAAAGUGGCUGCAAACCUCGUCAGGCUAUUAUCAUAUAACAACAAGGAUAUGUUACAAACUGGCCUUAUUGUUGGUGGAUGGGACAAGUAUGACGGUGGUCGAAUCUAUGGUAUUCCUCUUGGUGGAACAAUAAUAGAGCAGCCAUUUGCUAUUGGAGGAUCUGGCUCCAGUUAUUUGUAUGGAUUUUUUGAUCAAGCUUGGAGAGAAGGAAUGAUCAGGGAAGAAGCUGAGCAAUUGGUGGUCAAGGCGGUUUCUCUUGCCAUAGCCAGAGAUGGUGCUAGUGGUGGUGUUGUUCGUACUGUUACUAUAAAUUCCGAGGGAGUGACAAGAAAAUUCUAUCCUGGGGACCAGCUUCCGCUAUGGCAUGAGGAAAUAGAGCCUAAAAAUUCAUUGCUGGAUGUUCUGAAUGCUUCUAGUCCCGAACCGAUGAACAUAUAAUGCCAAUGCAGGGAUCUUUGCUAAAAGUGCUGCUGGUAGUUGUUAUCUGGUUAGGCCAAUUCUACUUUCCUGGAAAAUGAAAAAGGAAAAAAAUGGAAAAAGAGAAAGGAAAAGAAGACUGGUUAAUUGCAUUUUUUCCCGUUUUAGUACCUCUUUGUAAACCUAAUUACGUUCUAUUUGCAUGAAUUUUUAGUGUACAAUGGUUGAAUCUACACACCCUUGCUUACUGCUACCAGAUGAAAAGAUUGCAAUAUUGUUGUUAUAA